GUAUAUUGUGUCCGCUGGCCUUUUCGGUCACGCUUUUCCACUCCGAGUAGAGCAUCUUCUCAUUCCACUGAAACUACUUCCGUGUUCGCUGUAACCUAACGGAUCAUUUCAUCUCUCCAUAAAUCCACAAAUAACGAGUGUUUCCUCCAGGAUGGCCAUGGUAAAGAGCGGAUGGCUCCAUCGACAGAGCACCAUCCUGCGCCGCUGGAAGAGAAACUGGUUCGACCUGUGGGCCGACGGACGGCUUGUCUUCUACAACGAUCAACAAAGGCGCGACAUGGAGGACGACAUCCACAUGAGGGUUGACUGCAUCAACAUCCGCAACUCUGCUGCUUGUCAAGAGCUGAACCCUCCGGAGGGAAAGAGCCGCGACGCUCUGCUGCAGAUCGUCUGCAGAGACGGGCGAGUGAUCAGCCUGUGUGCAGACAGUGCAGACGAUGCUCUGGCUUGGACCAUGGCGCUGCAGGAUGCCAGAGUUAAUACAGUGGUAGCGACGCCUCAGAUUGGAUUUGCACAGGAAGCGAUGGCAUCUGCUCCUCCUCCUUACUCAGAAUAUCCUCCAGCUCAGGUUUAUUCUCCAGGACCUUAUGGAGAGUACGUUCCAUCUGCACCUCACGCCACACAGAUCAUGUACUCCGCUGACGGACAGCCCUACGCCGUGGCUUAUCCUUACCAGUACCAAGGUGGAUACGCCGCCCCUGGAGUGAACCACGUGGUGAUCCGAGAGCGUCAGCGUGAGGACGGAGGUGAUGUGGCGCUGGGAAUGCUCGCCGGAGCAGCAACCGGUUUGGCGCUGGGCUCUCUCUUCUCUGUCUUCUAAUGUUUCCCUAGCGCUCCGUGUUUUUGCUUCUUCUCUGUGCCGUCACAUGAGCCGGAGUGAAACGUGUUCGUGGAGCUACUUCCAUCUAUGAAGCAUGAUUGUGAUGGGCAGUGAAUUACUCCUCGUGUGUCCUAUAUACGAAUAUAUUUAAAGUCAAUACUGUUAGCACUUUCUCAUAAGCCCCACCCCCUUUGUGUUGUCUGAAUAUGAAUGUUUUUAACCAAAAACAUACAAUUACUCACUUUUAAAUGACAGCCAACAACUCUCAGCUCCUCGCACAUUUCUCCUUUAAACCCAUUUAAACAUUUUAUCUCCUGCUUUUUUUUUUUUUUUUACUGGUUUUGUGUUGAUCUGUGUACUGUACCUUUACUUUGUUUGACGUGUUUUAUUUGUCUGUUUGAAACAUGCAGUGUUUCUUCAGCUCCUCAGGUUAUUUGUGUUUGACAUUGGCGAACAGGAGACGGGAAAACAGAAGAGUGAACAAUAUGAAAAACCCUUCAACAUUUAGGCAGUUAGACUAACAGCUAGACUGGUUCUCGGUAUUUGAAACAGCAUUUAAACAUGUUAAAAUGCCAUUUUUAUUCAAGAAAACUUUUGAAAAGAACAUUUAAUUUGUCAUAAUUAUUGAUCUUUUAUUGCAUUUUUAUGCAAGACAGUCAAAAAAUGUGUCAAGUUUGGCUUGUCUUAACCGAAGCAAAGACAUAAUGACAGGUUCAACUGAACAGGAAGAUUCAGCUAGACUGUGAGACCUCACACCUGCAGUUCGUAGUCAAGAUUUCACAGAGGAGGGUCCACAGACACGAGAUCUCAAAAACUUGCGUGAUCAAACGUCACUUCAGAAAAACAAACUCAAAUACAGGGCAAUCUACAUCCUCAGCUGGCUCUCAUUACAUGUCUUGUAGUUGUAGCAAGAAAAAAAACUGAGAAAAAGAAUAUGACUUAAAUCAAGAGGGCAUGUAGCUGUAAAACUGCACAACUUCUGGUUUGCUCAGUCAGUCCCACGGCCCAUCAGGGAGGCUGACAGUGAACUUCAGUGUCCCUCCAUGCCAACAUGCAUACGUUCCUCAUCCUACUUCCUCUACCACAUGACUAUUAGUGCCCAAACAGCAUUAUCACCUUCAGUAGACCAAGCCUCCGUGAAUACAAGCUCCAGGUAGUAACAAUGCUGAUACUACCUGCCCUGCUAUGGGUUGCACCAGCUGCGCAUAAGUGGAGUUUACAACGGAGUUUACACUCUCCUAACAUUUAAGGUGUUGCACCAAAUGUGAUAGUUCCAACAGAGGAUUAAGUUAUAACUUAAAUCUUACAUCCUACGAGGUGUAAAGUCCUCCAUAAAAUACGUCUGUCAUAGUGAUAGCUCUAAAAGAUGCAAUAACCCUGAGGGUAACGAGGAGUUGAGGAUUUUACCGGGAAUUUGAAGUCAGCACUGCAUUCCAUGAUCAGUAACACUGUUGUUUUCCAUGAGUGGAGAUCAUUUCCCCUGUCCACUGUUAUAUUACCUCAUGUUAUUAGCGAUUUCACCACUAGAUGUCAGUGUUGUUAUUUAUACUGGCUCUAGGUUUAGGCUGUAGGCUUCACAGUACUGAUAUAGGCAAAAUGCCUUGUCAUAAUUUUCAUCCACACUGGAUGCUGUUUGAGGAUUUACAACAGUUAGCAAAUGCUAUUUUUUAGCUGUUAGCAUCUGUAGCAAACACGGGGUUAAAAAGCUUUUCAGUGAUUGGUUAAAGUAAGAAACUACGCCAUAUCUGUAACAAUAUUUUGGUUAGCUUGGGCGUAAAUCUCUACUAGUUAAGACCAACCUUACGUCUCUGUGGUGCAACUGAACAAUGAAACAACUUAAGUUAGAACUUAACUAACUAGUUUCAACGUAGGGUUUAGUGUGGACUUCACACCAGAACUUAAGGCAGAAGUUACACAUAGCUGGUGCAGAAGGCUGCAGGCCUCUAGUGGUGCCCACAAACAAAACACAAAUAGUUCUGGUGCUAAAAUUACACACCGUGAUUACAAAAUCUGAAGAGAGAACUUGGAAAGAGGACAAAGCAGAGCCAGGUUGAGUCUCCCUAAACAGGCUGGUGCUCUACCUCCCCCUACUCCAUCAUGUUCAUGAGGGAAGAAAGGACAAAAAGGGAAGUACAGAGAAGAUCAAUUAGUUUUUCUCCCCUUUUUUUGGCCCUCUAAUGGCAUUAUUCCUCCUCAUCCAAAUCCACCUACUGGUCUAACUUCAGAGCUUCUUUUCAUCUCUUACAAACUCUGUCCCUUUACUCCCAGCUCUCUGAAGGUGCACUCCGGCUCGGUAAUCCAUACCAUGUCUAAGCAUGCUUGAACCCCUAAGUCCAGUUUGUUUGAUCAGUGAGCGUCAAUUCCGUGCUCAGGCAUGGUACUUUUUUGGCCCAGAGGGACAGAAGGAAGAGGUGUGCUUGGGCAUGGUGGGAUUAAGGGUUUAACGGUUUCUGAAGUUUUGUUUCGUUUAUUUAUCAAGGGACAGCGUACAAUGACAUUGACCAUUCACACAAAGUAAAUGAAAACAUGGUUGCAUCAGAUUUAGCGAGUCGCUAAUUUCCCUCUGUUGUAAAAGUCCCCAAAACAAGGGCAGACACCUGAUAAGACCACAGCUGACAAGACAAAA